CCGUCUGCAACUCACCUUGCCUGGACUCAAGUUUCCAUUUGCCAACAGAAGAGUAUAGCAUACGAAUUAGCGUUAUUUUGGCGAUUGAGAUUGCUUCCAGGUCCCGGUUACUGGUUUUUACCGAACACACCCCUUGUCACCCAAAUAGUACUAGUGACGCAUCAAGAAUUUAGCCAUUCGACUACCAUCAUGAGGGCCAUUCAGGUCACCGACUAUGUGAAGGGACCUCUGGAACUCGGAGUUGUUACACUUCCUACCCCUUCCCCGUCUCCGACGGACUACCUGAUUGAGAUACACUCGGCGGGUACCAACUUCUUCGACAUCCUACAAAUUCAAGGCAAAUACCAACAUCAGCCUCCCCUACCCUGGGUCGGAGGUUCGGAGUUUGCGGGUACAGUGCUGGCCGUGCCCACCUCUCCUACAACGCCGCCACGGUUCGCUGUUGGCGAUCGAGUCUUCGGCGCAACGCAGGGUGCCUACGCCACUCACGUCCUCGCUCCCGAACCAUCCUUGCUACCUAUCCCUAGCGGUUGGACUUUUGAGGAUGCUGCUGGUCUCUUUGUUACGGCCCCGACAUCCUACGGGGCCCUCGUUCACCGGGCAAACGUCCAGGCUGGUGAGUGGGUGCUGGUGCAUGCGGCCGCCGGCGGCGUUGGUCUGGCCGCCGUGCAGAUCGCCAAAGCCAAGGGGGCGACGGUGAUCGCGACGGCCAGCACCGAGCGGAAGCGGCAGAUCGCGCGACAGUUCGGCGCGGACCACGUCGUCGAUUACCGCGACAAGAGCUGGCCGGACCACGUCAAAAAACUGUGCGCGCAACACCGUACGGGAAACGGCAAGGUGGGCGUCGACAUUGUCUAUGACCCUGUAGGACUGAUUGAGGCCAGCCUCAAGUGUGUCGCGUGGAACGCGCGCUUGCUGGUGAUCGGAUUCGCGGCGGGCAAGAUCGAGAAGGUCGCGUUGAACCGGGUGCUGCUCAAGAAUGUCAGUUUGGUCGGAUUGCACUGGGGCCAGUACGCCCAGUUCGAGAAGGAGACGGUUCAGUCCGUUUGGGCCGGCAUCUUCGACCUCGUCGCGCAAAGGAAGUUCAGGGGCACUGCCUUCAAGGACGAGACCUUCGUGGGCCUAGAGAGUGUUCCCCGCGCAUUGCAGGCGCUGGGUGGAAGAGAAACCUGGGGAAAGGUGGUGGUGAAGGUCAUUGAUGAUGAGGCCGAAGCGGGCAAGAGUAAGCUCUGAGUGCAGAGGACCACCAGCCGAAGUCCAGUCGUCUCUACCUUACAUUAAAACUUAACCAGAGGUGAGUAGGAGGUAUAUCUUGGGAGCAAUAUGAGAAAGGC